AUGAAUUAUUUUACAGGUACCAUGACUGUUAGUACGACCCGCAAAACGUGGGAUCCUUACAUUUUAAUCAAAGCACGUGACGUACUGAAGCUCAUGUCACGUAGCGUUCCAUACGAGCAUGCUAUUCGUGUUUUGGAAGAUGAAAUUUUCUGUGAAAUAAUAAAAAUAUCAUCUAUGUGCCCAAAUAAGGAGCGAUUUGUUAAACGACGUGCUCGCUUAGUUGGCAAUAACGGUGCCACUCUCAAAGCUAUGGAAUUACUUACACAGUGUUAUGUCUGCAUUCAAGGCGGUACAGUAUGUGCUAUCGGUCCGUUGGCAGGUUUGAAGCAAGUCAGUUCUAUUGUGACGGACUGUAUGAAUAAUAUUCAUCCUAUCUACAAUAUAAAAACCUUGAUGAUAAAACGCGAAUUAAUGAAGAACGAGAAGUUGAAGGAUGAGAAUUGGGAACGAUUUCUGCCGAAUUUCAAAAAGAAGAUACAAUCGUCAUCUUCGACAAAUGAAGCUAAAAAGAAGAAGAAAAAGGCAUGGAAGAAGAAGGGUGAAUACACUCCAUUCCCUCCUGCGCCAACUCUUAGCAAGAUUGACAAGCAGUUGGAGAGUGGAGAAUAUUUCAUGACGGAAAAAGAGCGAUUGUUGAACAAGAAGAGGAAAAAGAUUGAAGCUGCAGCAGUGAAGUCGGAAGAUCGUAAAAAGGAGAAGUUGAAAAAGUUCCAACCGCCGGUGGAGAAGCCGCGAGAGAAGGAGACACCGAAGCGACAGGCCGAAACCUUGGAUGUGGAGAAGUUUAAAAAGAAGAUCAAGAAAAUUAAGACGUGA